GCCAUGCUGGGGCUAAACCACACCUUCGUGUCUGAAUUCAUCCUCAUCGGCUUCUCUGCCUUCUCUCACCUUCAGCUGAUGUUCUUCCUGCUGUUCCUGCUGAUGUACCUGUUCACACUGCUGGGGAACCUGCUCAUCAUGGCCACCAUCUGGGGCGAGCGCAGCCUCCACACACCCAUGUACCUCUUCCUGUGCACCCUCUCUGUCUCCGAGAUCCUCUACACCUUCACCAUCAUCCCACGCAUGCUGGCCGACCUGCUCUCCACCCACCACUCCAUUGCCCUCCAGGCCUGUGCCAGCCAGAUGUUCUUCUCCUUCACGUUCGGCUUCACCCACUCCUUCCUGCUCACGGUCAUGGGCUAUGACCGCUACGUGGCCAUCUGCCACCCCCUACGCUACAACGUGCUCAUGAGUCCCCGUGGCUGUGCCUGCCUGGUGUCCUGGUCUUGGGUAGGUGGCUUGGUUAUGGGGCUGGUGGUGACAAUGGCCAUUUUUCACCUCACCUUCUGUGGACCCAAUGAGAUCCACCAUUUUUUUUGCCAUGUGCCACCUCUUGUGAAGUUGGCCUGUGGUAAUAAUGUACCAGAUGUGGCCAAGGGUGUGGGCCUGGUGUGCAUCACAGCCCUGCUGGGCUGCUGUCUCCUCAUCCUCCUCUCCUAUGCCUCCAUUGUGGCUGCCAUCUUGAGGAUCCCCUCUGCUGAGGGCCGCCACAGGGCCUUCUCCACGUGCACGUCCCACCUCACUGUGGUGGUCGUGCACUACGGCUUCACCUCUGUGAUCUACCUCAAGUCCAAGGGUCCCCAGUCUCUGGAAGGAGACACCCUGAUGGGCGUCACCUACACAGUCCUCACACCCUUCCUCAGCCCCAUUAUCUUCAGCCUUAGGAACAAGGAGCUGAAGAACACCAUGAAAAAGAACUUCCUCAGCAAGCCCUUUCUGCUGAGCUCCUGA